AUGACAGACACAACGACCAGCAGUGUUGGAAGUUACCACAGAUGGUGCAUGCUGCUUUGCUGCAAUGUCUCCAAUGAAUCUUCAGAGGAUGCCUUCAAAGAACCAUCAGAAGAGCAUCCAUUCAUAGGAAAAUACCAUCUCCUUAAAACACUUGGAAAAGGCGGCUAUGCUGAGGUGAAAUUAGCGAAGCAUAACAAGACUGGCAGAGAAGUUGCAAUUAAAAUAAUAAAGAAACAACAGAUGGACUCUGUUCAUAUUCAAAAGCUUUUCCAGGAAGUUAAAAUUAUGAAGCGGCUAGAUCACCCUCAUAUAAUUAAAUUGUAUAAGGUGAUUGACACCAGGACCACUCUUUAUCUUGUUCUGGAAUAUGCAAGUGGAGGGGAUCUUUUCCAUUACUUAGUAGAACAUGGACGCAUUAAAGAGGACAAAGCGCGUGUUCUCUUCCAUCAGCUGUUGGAAGCAACAAAUCACUGUCAUCAAAAAUGCAUUGUUCACAGAGACAUAAAGCCUGAGAACAUCCUAUUUGACUCUGAAGGGAACAUUAAGCUUUCAGACUUUGGAUUAAGUGAUACAUUCAGUCUAGGGAAAAGGAUGAAUAAAUUCCCUGGUACAGCAACGCACAUACCACCAGAAUUUUAUCAACAUAAAGAGUACAUUGGGCCAGAAGUGGACAUCUGGGCCCUUGGUGUGGUUCUGUACCAAAUGGUCACUUGUUCCCUACCGUUUUAUAGCCCAAAACUGGCAACAUUGCGAGAGCUUAUUCUUCAGGGCCACUAUGAAGUUCCAUCCUAUGUAUCUAUCGAAUGUAAGACCCUUCUGAGCAAACUCCUGGUUGAAGACCCCAACUUGAGACGUUUGAUUGAGCCAAUCAAGAAGGAUCGAUGGAUAAGCGUAGGACCUCAGGUGGAUCCUGAAACAACAGAUGGCCCCUCCACAACCAACAUUGAAAAAGAUGAUGAAAUAAGAUCUAAUGUGUUGACAAGUCCAUCUAUUCAGGAUCCCAAAAGAACAGAGAGCAACUCAACAGAGAAUAGUGAAAAGCCCAUAUGCAGAAAAAAGAGAGCUAGAUCAAUCUCAUCUCUGGGCGGAGAACUUGACGACUAUGUGAUAUGGAGUUCUGAGCUGCCCCCUUUGAAAAAAUUGAAAUUGGAUAACAGUGAUAACCAUGAUAGUGAUAAUGACAUUUUUGUCACUGCCAAAUCAAGGCCAUCAUCUCCUGAUUCUGAAGCCCCAUGUGCUGAAAAACAUCAGGAGCCUUCCAUGCCUUCAACCCCUCUAGAGGACAGAGCUGAAAACCAUACAGCUGGAGAAAAUGGAAGGAGCAGAUGGCGCCGCUUAUGGCAUCGAGUUAUGGGACUUUUUUGCUGCUGCUGCACCAAAUAG